AUGGAUCUCUUGGCGGAGGGGUUGAAGUCUGAUAUGGACUUAUUGAAACCGCAGCACAAGCUGGAACUGAAGCCAGACGAAGAUGGCAACGAACUUGAUGCUGAUCUUUUGGUACCUGGGGCUGCAGCGUUUGUCAUCAACGAAAUCUCCGACCGCCACCUCGCCGGGGCCAUUUUGCUGCGUGAAAGGAUUGCAAGGAGGCUUUUCCCACCAGAAUCAGAUCAAUCAGAAAAGUGGGAACGGCUAAGGAAGGCUUUGGUUCCCUUGACCAAUAACUACAAUCAUCGAAUCAUGUACGGGAAUUCCACACAAGAGGUCUCUGUGGUUAAAAAGUGUUUGGAGGAGGUGAAAGCAGCAGCAGAAGGAGGAAGCAAUUUAAGAGGCGGCAAUGUCAUAAUAAAGCCGGUUGCUCUGCUUCCAAAUGAGAUCAUAAAAUAUGUAGAAGAUGAGGGUUUUGGGGAAGCGGCUGAGCUUCAGUGGAAGGCAAUGGUGGAGGACAUGUACCUAAAGCAAAAGCAAGGGGAAGAGAAUCCGGCAUGGAAAGGAAAGGUGAUCAGUUUCGGUCAUUUGCCUGAUCAGCCGCUGCUGCAUUUAAUACAAGGCGAUGAUCUCAAGUCCAUGCGCGAGUUUAUGAUGAGGACAUGCUUCAGGGAGUCCAACGAGGGUGUUGAUUUUCGGAAGGUGUUUGAUUUGAUUCUGGAAGUGGUUGUGAAUGAGAACUUGAUGGCAGAGCAGAUUAUCAAGAAAGUGUUUGUGUUCACCGACUUCAGGGGAUUUUUUAGCUGCAUCUCGACGACUCUGUAUGAGGCAAAACAGAGCAAGUAUGAGGCGCAAGGCUACAGGAAUGAUGCAAUGCCACACAUUUUGCUUUGGAAUAUUUGUGACUGGAAGUUUCCUCAUUCCGAAGAACAUCAUCCAGGGGUGACGAUGGUGAGUGGCUUCUCCGACAAUUUGAUUAAGUCCUUGGACAAUGGUGGGGAAAUUGGCCCGCACGCUCUCAUGGAAGCAGCCAUUGCCGACAAAGAGUAUCAAACUUUCUCUGUGGUUGACUGA